GCUCUCGCACGAUGUUGAGCUUAGACUGUAAGAAAGACAAGUGUCUGUGUGUGUGUGUGCGUGUGUGUGUUGUGUAACAGAGAAGGAGAGAGACAAGGAUAAUAGAGAUAGAGAGAGAAAGAGAGAGUGAGAGAGAACAUUCGCCUAGAAUCGCGUAUCUGGUGGGGAGGCACACUGGACCUCAGCCUCUGUUCGUGCGGUGUGUAGUCUAUGAGUCAAGUUAACAAAACCAGUCGUCUCUCUACUGGCUGCCUGAACUGGUUGCUCCUCUCGGCAGUUUGCCUUCUAAUCCUCUAGCGAUUGUUUCGUGUAGUUCUCUAUGUAAAUGUGUCUAUUCUUUUCUACUACUCCGUGUGUACGUACGUACGGAUCUACGGGCGUGUUUAACCGAGCGUGCCUGUAUAUGUACACGUAUGUGUACGUGUAGUGUGUCUUGUUCACACAGCAUUCGUGUGUUGCUCUCUGUUUUGUGUAUACGUGUGUGUGCGAACGCGCGUGAGCAAAAUUUCGAUCGUAGAUGCCUCGUUCGCCAUUGGAUUCUUUCGUCGAAGACUCUCUUCCGGGUUUCUUCGAUCAUCGUGCGAAUCUCUAAGCGUUUCUAAAUGUGUCCUUACCCAAUGGGUACGAUCGAACUACGAGAAUAUAUAUCGACAUCUAGAGUGGAUCCGAUUCUCUGUAGGUUCAGUGUUUAAACAGUGUGUCGAGGAAAACCGGUUGGCUAAACAUGCCGUACGAGAUUUUGCGUUGGACUCGAACGAAUGGAUAAAAUAGUUUAGCGGGAAAAAGUGAGAUAGGUACAAGAGCAAAAAAAAAAGAAGGAAAGGAGAGAAAAAAAAAAGGAAAAAAGAAAGAGAGAGAAAGAGAAAGAGAGAGACAAACAAACGAACGAACGAACGAACGAACGAACGAAUAAAUAUGGAUCGAAGUUUCAAGAACAACGUGGACUUUAAGAUGAAUCAGCAAAACUUUAAGUUGAGAGACUUCGGGAUCGACGGGAAAUUAUCAUCGUCCAUACAUUCAAAAUUGAUUCGGAGUUCGGUAAGGACCGGUUCGUGUUAUUCGCAAAUCGGAUCCGUUCAAAUACGAGGAACAUUUUCUACUAACAGUGGUAAUAGGGAUAGUAAUAAUCUUGCACAAAGUGGGACCAAUGAACUGAGCCACUCUCGACUCUCUUCGAACGUAAGAGGUAUCGAUACAUCGAUCAUUUGCAACGAUCAUCUUUUUCGAACUUCCUCUUCGUCCUCUUCGUCCUCGUCGUCGUCGUCGUCGUCGUCGUCGUCGUCGUCGUCGUCGUCGUCGUCGUCCUCGUCAUCUUCUUCUUCUUCAUCUUCUUCUUCUUUGUCUUCUUCGUCUUCUUCGUCUUCUUCUACUUCUUCCUCUUUUCGCUUAUCAUCCUCGACUCAAGCUCGAACGAUUGGCCAAUCACCGAGUAACCUAUUCGCCGAUAGCUUUCAAACUUCCAUUCCAAGCAACAACAACAAUGGCGUCCCUUUGUCGGGAACGACUAGUUCGAUGCAUCAAGCGAACGUUUCUUCGAUACUAUCGCCGAAUUAUUGGAAGCAAUAUGGCGGCCAAGAGAGCGGGUAUGGCUCGGACGAAUUCGGACAGGACUCGCCGAGAUAUACAUCGCCUAAAGCAGCCCUUUAUGCGGAACCAUACUAUAUCGAUGGGAAUGCAGAGGGCACGGGUCCAAGUGACCCCUGGACAGGAAGUAGUGCUGGAGUUCAACCUCCCUAUAGCGGAUACGCUCCUCCACACCUGGCUCAACCGGCAUAUCCUAUGCACCUACCCCAUGAUCCCAUGGCAUAUUCGGCGAUGUCACCGAACGGUGAAUCACCGGCACCAAUUCUUGGCUCAGCUGUAACCAGCGCGGCUUCACUUCCGCCGAUGUCGACAUUCCGAGGUAGUGCCGCUGUUGCUGUAGCAGCGGCGAACAGUGGCACUGGAGCACCUUCUCCGGCCUCUUUGCAAUAUAGUCAUAGUCCUGGUGCACGGACCGCUGCUUCGUCGGCACCAAACGCCGCAUCUACAAACAGUCAGCAACCACCAACGGGAGACACCCUUGGCAAAACUCUUGCAUCUGUAGUGAGCACACGAAUCUAUCCCACGGACCAAUCAGUAUCGAGUUAUAGCAGCAACCCAUCCACUCCAGUCAGUUCGCCACCACCCUUAACGGGAUCGGCACCAGGUUGGGCACCUGGUGCUGCACCGGUGUCACCACACUUUACGGCAGAUCCAAACCGUGGCACCAUUCACAUGCCGGCGCCUGAACAGCAGAGGCUAGACGAUGCCAUCGGCUUCCUUCGCGACCACGCCGAGUUGGUACAGGGAACGCGGAUGGAGGAACGACUGGAUGAUGCCAUAAACGUUCUCAGGAACCAUGCGGAAAGCCAAUUAGGCCUUCACUUAGGGCACGUUGGUCCACACGGUUCUAUUUAUUCUCAUACAUCACCACCGCAGUUAGAUCAUUUGACAAGCCCACAUCCUGCGGUAACAGUAG